AUGCUGAAGGAACAUGGUGAGAUAUUAAAAGAGCUGAUAAACGGCACUUGCUUUUUGGGGAAACAGGAGCUUGCAUUUGGUGGCAACUAUCCAAGUGAGAAGGAGAGACUUUUAAAACUCCAAGAAGAAGAAAAAAGGGAGGACUUCUACAACAAAAUCGUGUUUGAAGCUCAGAGAGGCCUCAGCGCUUCCUGUGACUCAGCGCUGGAUAACAUCGUCAUUACGGAAAACGCCUGUCCCGCUUGUAUUGCCAGCUGUGACUUCGACAGCUUGGACAACCUUUGUGGGUGGUCCACUCACACAGACAACCCUGACGUAUUCGGUUUUGAACAGUGGCUCGGCCCGACAGAUACCCAGGGCACCGGACCUGAUGAUGACUUCUCCAAACCUGGACUGGGAGCAUACAUGCUGAUGAAUUCUGCGGAUGGUAACCCUGGCGAUCAGGGUCAAAUUAGAAGUCCUGUCAUCACUCCAUCUUCCGGAUGCCUGGACCUCACGUUUUAUUACUACCUGUAUGGAACCAGCGCUAAUAUGGAGCUUAGUGUACACACUAUUAAUGGUGGAACCCUCGGCCCUGUUAUCUUUACCGUCAGGGGCAACAAGGGUCAAGCCUGGAAGCCCGCACAAGUGCGCUACCUAGGAACCAGCGCCAUCCAGUUUGUUAUUGUAGGAACCUUCGGAGAGACCUCCCUGACUGAUAUCGCUGUAGAUGCUGUGUGUGUCAUGGCUUGUCAAGGGAACUACACUUUGGAAUGUGUGGAUAACUCCUGUGAUCCCACUGAGGAGUGUCGUGAGGUUAAUGGUGUUGCCGGAUGCUACCCUAAAGGUACAUCAUCAUGCAUAGCAUCUGGCGAUCCACACUACACAACUUUCGACAAACGCAAGUACAACUUCAUGGGCAACUGCAGUUAUAUGAUGGCUGGGAUCUGCAACAUAUUGUCAGCUUUGCCACUUUUCGAGGUCCACACUGACAAUGAAAACCGCUACAACAGGCCCACCAUCUCUUACGUUAAGGCGGUCCAUGUGUUUGUAUUGUAUCCCAAUGGGACGUCCUCAAUCUUCCAGUGGGGCACUGUUCAUAAUGUGUCCAUCUUCAAAGGAGGCACCGUGCAUGUUAAUGGCAUAAAAGUCAACCUGCCGCUGAGUCCGUUUCCAGGUGUCUCUGUGUUCAAAUCAGGGAAACAUUACACCGUAUCCUUGGAUUUUGGUGUGACGGUGCGCUACGAUGGAAACCAUUUCAUGGACAUCAAAGUGAUUCAAGACUAUAAAAACUUACUGUGUGGACUGUGUGGAAAUUACAACGGGGAUUCCAAAGACGACUUCCGCAUCCCUAAUGGGUCAUUAACCAACGACCCUAAUGAGUUUGGACACAGCUGGAACAUGGAUCCAGAGUGUAACGCUAAGCCCAACACCACUAUUCCUGGGUGUGAGGCAGACGAGCAGACGCUGUAUGAGGGCUCUGGAUAUUGUGGCAUUAUUUUGGACAAAAAUGGUCCUUUUGCUGUGUGUCACUCCAAAGUCAACCCCAAUAGUUACUUCAAGGACUGUGUCUUUGAUCUUUGUGAGCUGGACGGAGCGCAAUCCAUCCUGUGCGAAGCCAUUGAAGCCUAUGCCACUGAGUGCCAGGAUCGUGGGGUCCUGAUCGGAUCCUGGAGGAACCAAACCUUCUGUCCUUUGAGCUGUCCACCCAACAGCCAUUACGAGCCUUGUGCAGAUCCCUGUCAGGAGACGUGUUCUGGGAGAGCGCCUGGCUGCAGCGGACCAUGCACUGAGUCCUGUGUGUGUAAUCCUGGCUACAUUCUAAGUGCUGGAAAAUGCGUGAACAACAGUUCCUGUGGCUGCCAACACACCAACGGCCAGUAUUACCAGCCUGGAGAGGAGUUCUACACCGAGAACUGUACCCAGAAGUGUAGAUGUGAAGCCCCCUCUGUUUUAUGUAACCCAUCUGGCUGUCCCCCAAAGUAUGAGUGUCAAAUACAGGAAGGAGAGUUGGGCUGUUUUCCUACAGGAUCCACUACACCUCAACCAACCAGUCCAGGAGUGACUUCACCUGAACCUUCAACUCCAAGACCAACAACACCAAAACCAAUCCAGUGCCCUCCAAAUGCAGAGUACAUAGAAUGUGGUCCGGCUUGUAUCCCUACUUGCAUGGAACCUUCCAGCAACUGUAGUGGUUCCUGUAUCACUGGCUGCUUUUGCAAACCAGGCUAUGUCUUCAAGGGAAAACACUGCGUUCCACUGGAGAAAUGCGGUUGCCUGGAUGACCACAAUAACUAUUACGAGCCUGGCGAGAUUGUAUUUGGAGACGGUUGCUCAAAGCUAUGUCGCUGUGCAGGGAACUACACUUUGGAAUGUGUGGAUAACUCCUGUGAUCCCACUGAGGAGUGUCGUGAGGUUAAUGGUGUUGCCGGAUGCUACCCUAAAGGUACAUCAUCAUGCAUAGCAUCUGGCGAUCCACACUACACAACUUUCGACAAACGCAAGUACAACUUCAUGGGCAACUGCAGUUAUAUGAUGGCUGGGAUCUGCAACAUGUCGUCAGCUUUGCCACUUUUCGAGGUCCACACUGACAAUGAAAACCGCUACAACAGGCCCACCAUCUCUUACGUUAAGGCGGUCCAUGUGUUUGUAUUGUAUCCCAAUGGGACGUCCUCUAUCUUCCAAUGGGGCACUGUUCAUAAAGUGUCCAUCUUCAAAGGAGGCACCGUUCAUGUUAAUGGCAUAAAAGUCAACCUGCCGCUGAGUCCGUUUCCAGGUGUCUCUGUGUUCAAAUCAGGGAAACAUUACACCGUAUCCUUGGAUUUUGGUGUGACGGUGCGCUACGAUGGAAACCAUUUCAUGGACAUCAAAGUGAUUCAAGACUAUAAAAACUUACUGUGUGGACUGUGUGGAAAUUACAACGGGGAUUCCAAAGACGACUUCCGCAUCCCUAAUGGGUCAUUAACCAACGAUCCUAAUGAGUUUGGACACAGCUGGAACAUGGAUCGAGAGUGUAACGCUAAGCCCAACACCACUACUCCUGGGUGUGGGGCAGACGAGCAGACGCUGUAUGAGGGCUCUGGAUAUUGUGGCAUUAUUUUGGACAAAAAUGGUCCUUUUGCUGUGUGUCACUCCAAAGUCAACCCCAAUAGUUACUUCAAGGACUGUGUCUUUGAUCUUUGCGAGCUGGACGGAGCGCAAUCCAUCCUGUGCGAAGCCAUUGAAGCCUAUGCCACUGAGUGCCAGGAUCGCGGGGUUUCGAUCGGAUCCUGGAGGAACCAAACCUUCUGUUCUUUCAACUGCCCACCCAACAGCCAUUACAAGCCUUGUGCAGAUCCCUGUCAGGAGACGUGUUCUGGGAGACCGCCUGGCUGCAGCGGACCAUGCACUGAGUCCUGUGUGUGUAAUCCUGGAUACAUUCUAAGUGUUGGAAAAUGCGUAAACAACAGUUCCUGUGGCUGCCAACACACCAACGGCCAGUAUUACCAGCCUGGAGAGGAGUUCUACACUGAGAACUGUACCCAGAAGUGUAGAUGUGAAGCCCCCUCUGUUUUUUGUAACCCAUCCGGCUGUCCCCCAAACCAUGAGUGUCAAGUACAGGAAGGAGAGUUGGGCUGUUUUCCUACAGGUACAUCAUCAUGCAUAGCAUCUGGCGAUCCACACUACACAACUUUCGACAAACGCAAGUACAACUUCAUGGGCAACUGCAGUUAUAUGAUGGCUGGGAUCUGCAACAUAUCGUCAGCUUUGCCACUUUUCGAGGUCCACACUGACAAUGAAAACCGCUACAACAGGCCCACCAUCUCUUACGUUAAGGCGGUCCAUGUGUUUGUAUUGUAUCCCAAUGGGACAUCCUCUAUCUUCCAAUGGGGCACUGUUCAUAAUGUGUCCAUCUUCAAAGGAGGCACCGUUCAUGUUAAUGGCAUGAAAGUCAACCUGCCGCUGAGUCCGUUUCCAGGUGUCUCUGUGUUCAAAUCAGGGAAACAUUACACCGUAUCCUUGAAUUUUGGUGUGACGGUGCGCUACGAUGGAAACCAUUUUAUGGACAUCAAAGUGAUUAAAGACUAUAAAAACUUACUGUGUGGACUGUGUGGAAAUUACAACGGGGAUUCCAAAGACGACUUCCGCAUCCCUAAUGGGUCAUUAACCAACGACCCUAAUGAGUUUGGACACAGCUGGAACAUGGAUCCAGAGUGUAACGCUAAGCCCAACACCACUAUUCCUGGUUGUGGGGCAGACGAGCAGACGCUGUAUGAGGGCUCCGGAUAUUGUGGCAUUAUUUUGGAGAAAAAUGGUCCUUUUGCUGUGUGUCACUCCAAAGUUAACCCCAAUAGUUACUUCAAGGACUGUGUCUUUGAUCUUUGUGAGCUGGACGGAGCGCAAUCCAUCCUGUGCGAAGCCAUUGAAGCCUAUGCCACUGAGUGCCAGGAUCGUGGGGUCCUGAUCGGAUCCUGGAGGAACCAAACCUUCUGUCCUUUGAGCUGUCCACCCAACAGCCAUUACGAGCCUUGUGCAGAUCCCUGUCAGGAGACGUGUUCUGGGAGAGCGCCUGGCUGCAGCGGACCAUGCACUGAGUCCUGUGUGUGUAAUCCUGGCUACAUUCUAAGUGCUGGAAAAUGCGUGAACAACAGUUCCUGUGGCUGCCAACACACCAACGGCCAGUAUUACCAGCCUGGAGAGGAGUUCUACACCGAGAACUGUACCCAGAAGUGUAGAUGUGAAGCCCCCUCUGUUUUAUGUAACCCAUCUGGCUGUCCCCCAAAGCAUGAGUGUCAAAUACAGGAAGGAGAGUUGGGCUGUUUUCCUACAGGAUCAACUACACCUCAACCAACCAGUCCCGGAGCUACUUCACCUGAACCUUCAACUCCAAGACCAACAACACCAAAACCAAUCCAGUGCCCUCCAAAUGCAGAGUACAUAGAAUGUGGUCCGGCUUGUAUCCCUACUUGCAUGGAACCUUCCAGCAACUGUAGUGGUUCCUGUAUCACUGGCUGCUUUUGCAAACCAGGCUAUGUCUUCAAGGGAAAACACUGCGUUCCACUGGAGAAAUGUGGUUGCCUGGAUGACCACAAUAACUAUUACGAGCCUGGCGAGAUUGUAUUUGGAGACGGUUGCUCAAAGCUAUGUCGCUGUGCAGGGAACUACACUUUGGAAUGUGUGGAUAACUCCUGUGAUCCUACUGAGGAGUGUCGUGAGGUUAAUGGUGUUGCCGGAUGCUACCCUAAAGGUACAUCAUCAUGCAUAGCAUCUGGCGAUCCACACUACACAACUUUCGACAAACGCAAGUACAACUUCAUGGGCAACUGCAGUUAUAUGAUGGCUGGGAUCUGCAACAUAUCGUCAGCUUUGCCACUUUUCGAGGUCCACACUGACAAUGAAAACCGCUACAACAGGCCCACCAUCUCUUACGUUAAGGCGGUCCAUGUGUUUGUAUUGUAUCCCAAUGGGACAUCCUCUAUCUUCCAAUGGGGCACUGUUCAUAAUGUGUCCAUCUUCAAAGGAGGCACCGUUCAUGUUAAUGGCAUGAAAGUCAACCUGCCGCUGAGUCCGUUACCAGGUGUCUCUGUGUUCAAAUCAGGGAAACAUUACACCGUAUACUUGGAUUUUGGUGUGACGGUGCGCUACGAUGGAAACCAUUUCAUGGACAUCAAAGUGAUUAAAGACUAUAAAAACUUACUGUGUGGACUGUGUGGAAAUUACAACGGGGAUUCCAAAGAUGACUUCCGCAUCCCUAAUGGGUCAUUAACCAACGACCCUAAUGAGUUUGGACACAGCUGGAACAUGGAUCCAGAGUGUAACGCUAAACCCAACACCACUAUUCCUGGGUGUGGGGCAGACGAGCAGACGCUGUAUGAGGGCUCCGGAUAUUGUGGCAUUGUUUUGGACAAAAAUGGUCCUUUUGCUGUGUGUCACUCCAAAGUCAACCCCAAUAGUUACUUCAAGGACUGUGUCUUUGAUCUUUGUGAGCUGGACGGAGCGCAAUCCAUCCUGUGCGAAGCCAUUGAAGCCUAUGCCACUGAGUGCCAGGAUCGUGGGGUCCUGAUCGGAUCCUGGAGGAACCAAACCUUCUGUCCUUUGAGCUGCCCACCCAACAGCCAUUACGAGCCUUGUGCAGAUCCCUGUCAGGAGACGUGUUCUGGGAGACCGCCUGGCUGCAGCGGACCAUGCACUGAGUCCUGUGUGUGUAAUCCUGGCUACAUUAUAAGUGCUGGAAAAUGCGUGAACAACAGUUCCUGUGGCUGCCAACACACUAACGGCCAGUAUUACCAGCCUGGAGAGGAGUUCUACACUGAGAACUGUACCCAGAAGUGUAGAUGUGAAGCCCCCUCUGUUUUUUGUAACCCAUCUGGCUGUCCCCCAAUGCAUGAGUGUCAAAUACAGGAAGGAGAGUUGGGCUGUUUUCCUACAGGAUCAACUACACCUCAACCAACUAGUCCCGGAGUGACUUCACCUGAACCUUCGACUCCAAGACCAACAACACCAAAACCAAUUGAGUGCCCUCCAAAUGCAGACUACAUAGAAUGUGGUCCGGCUUGUAUCCCUACUUGCAUGGAACCUUCCAGCAACUGUAGUGGUUCCUGUAUCACUGGUUGCUUUUGCAAACCAGGCUAUGUCUUCAAAGGAAAACACUGCGUUCCACUGGAUAAAUGCGGUUGCCUGGAUGACCACAAUAACUAUUACGAGCCUGGCGAGAUUGUAUUUGGAGACGGCUGCUCAAAGCUAUGUCGCUGUGCAGGGAACUACACUUUGGAAUGUGUGGAUAACUCCUGUGAUCCCACUGAGGAGUGUCGUGAGGUUAAUGGUGUUGCCGGAUGCUACCCUAAAGGUACAUCGUCAUGCAUAGCAUCUGGCGAUCCACACUACACAACUUUCGACAAACGCAAGUACAACUUCAUGGGCAACUGCAGUUAUAUGAUGGCUGGGAUCUGCAACAUAUCGUCAGCUUUGCCACUUUUCGAGGUCCACACUGACAAUGAAAACCGCUACAACAGGCCCACCAUCUCUUACGUUAAGGCGGUCCAUGUGUUUGUAUUGUAUCCCAAUGGGACGUCCUCUAUCCUCCAAUGGGGCACUGUUCAUAAAGUGUCCAUCUUCAAAGGAGGCAUCGUGCAUGUUAAUGGCAUAAAAGUCAACCUGCCGCUGAGUCCGUUUCCAGGUGUCUCCGUGUUCAAAUCAGGGAAACAUUACACCGUGUCCUUGGAUUUUGGUGUGACGGUGCGCUACGAUGGAAACCAUUUCAUGGACAUCAAAGUGAUUAAAGACUAUAAAAACUUACUGUGUGGACUGUGUGGAAAUUACAACGGGGAUUCCAAGGACGACUUCCGCAUCCCUAAUGGGUCAUUAACCAACGAUCCUAAUGAGUUUGGACACAGCUGGAACAUGGAUCCAGAGUGUAACGCUAAGCCCAACACCACUACUCCUGGGUGUGGGGAGGACGAGCAGACGCUGUAUGAGGGCUCUGGAUAUUGUGGCAUUAUUUUGGACAAAAAUGGUCCUUUUGCUGUGUGUCACUCCAAAGUCAACCCCAAUAGUUACUUCAAGGACUGUGUCUUUGAUCUUUGCGAGCUGGACGGAGCACCUUCCAUCCUGUGCGAAGCCAUUGAAGCCUAUGCCACUGAGUGCCAGGAUCGUGGGGUUUCGAUCGGAUCCUGGAGGAACCAAACCUUCUGUCCUUUCAGCUGCCCACCCAACAGCCAUUACAAGCCUUGCGCAGAUCCCUGUCAGGAGACGUGUUCUGGGAGACUGCCUGGCUGCAGCGGACCAUGCACCGAGUCCUGUGUGUGUAAUCCUGGCUACAUUCUAAGUGCUGGAAAAUGCGUGAACAACAGUUCCUGUGGCUGCCAACACACCAACGGCCAGUAUUACCAGCCUGGAGAGGAGUUCUACACUGAGAACUGUACCCAGAAGUGUAGAUGUGAAGCCCCCUCUGUUUUUUGUAACCCAUCUGGCUGUCCCCCAAAGCAUGAGUGUCAAGUACAGGAAGGAGAGUUGGGCUGUUUUCCUACAGGAUCAACAACACCUCAACCAACAUACCCCCCAGAGACUACACCUGAUGUAACAACACCAGUAGUUUCUACACCACAACCAACAACUCCUGGAGUUACAACACCAAGUCAGUGCCCCCCAAAUGCUGACUUCAUAGAAUGUGGCCCAGCGUGUAUCCCUACUUGCCUGGAACCUUCCAGCAACUGUAGCGGCCCUUGUAUCACUGGUUGCUUUUGCAAACCAGGCUUUGUCUUCAAAGGAAAACACUGUGUGCCGUUGGAGAAGUGUGGUUGCCUGGAUGACCACAACAACUAUUACGAGCCUGGACAAAUCCUAUACGGAGACGGUUGCUCAAAGCUGUGUCGUUGUGUUGGGAACUACACUUUUGAAUGUGAGGAUAUCUCUUGCGGUCCAACCGAGGAGUGCCGUGAGGUUAAUGGCAUCCCAGGAUGCUACCCUAAAGGUUCUGCAACGUGCGUGGCACACAGCGACCCGCACUACACAACCUUCGACGGCGUCAUGUACAGUUUCAUGGGCAACUGCAGUUACCUGAUGUCGGCCGUCUGCAAUGCGACAGCAUUACCCGACUUCGAGGUGUACGCCGACAACGAAAAUCGCUACAACAACCCCGCCAUCUCCUAUGUGAAGGCCGUGCACGUGCACGUGCGCCAGGUCAAGGUGUCCAUACUCAAAGGCGGCACGGUUCACGUGAAUGGGUCCAAAGUCAACCUGCCCGUGUCUCCAGCACCGGGUGUCUCGGUGUUCCGGUCAGGAAGACACUACACAGUGUCAAUGGAAUUUGGCGUUGUUGUGCGCUAUGAUGGCAACCAGUUUAUGGACAUCAAAUUGGUUCAAGACUAUAAGAACAUAUUGUGUGGAAUGUGUGGCAACUACAAUGGAAUCUCCAUUGAUGAUUUCCGCAAGCCGGACGGGACGGUGACCGGUGAUAUCAAUGACUUUGGACAAAGCUGGAACAUCGAUCCAGACUGUAAGAAACACAACAUCACUACGCCCAAAUGCAACGAGGAGGAUGAGAAGCUGUACGAGAGCUCCGCCUACUGUGGCCUUCUAUUGGACAAGAAUGGACCUUUUGCUGCGUGUCAUCCCAAAGUCAACCCCAAUAAUUACUUCCAAGACUGUGUAUUUGAUCUUUGCGCACUGGAUGGCGCUAAGCCUGCUUUGUGCGACGCCAUUGAAGCCUACGCCAACGAGUGCCAGGACCGUGGGGUCCAAAUUGGACCCUGGAGGAACCAAACCUUCUGUCAACCGAUCUGCCCCCCCAACAGCCACUACCAUCCCUGUGCGGACCCCUGUCAGGAGACAUGUUCCGGAAAGCCCCCGUCCUGUGAAGGACCGUGCGCGGAGUCGUGUGUGUGUGACCCUGGCUACAUUUUGAGUGGUGGACAAUGCGUGGACAGGAAUUCCUGUGGCUGCCAACACACCAAUGGCCAGUAUUACCAGCCUGGAGAGGAGUUCUACGAAAAAGACUGCGAGCAAAAGUGCCGAUGCGACGCCCCUUCUGUCAGCUGUAAGCCAUCUCAGUGCCCCCCGAUGCACCAGUGUUUGCUUGUAGAAGGACAGCUGGGCUGCUACCCUACCAGCUCCAAGGACUGCAUUAUCUACGGAGAUCCACACUACAACACUUUUGACAAGAAGUUCUACAGUUUUAUGGGCACGUGUACCUACACGCUGGCCAGAACCUGCCGGAACAACACAGGUCCCUGGUUCUCGGUGGAGGGCAAGAAUGAGGAACGAGGAGUGUCAGGAGUGUCGUACCUGAGAAAACUCUACAUCACUGUGGACGGAAUAACACUUACUUUGAUGAAAGCCAGGAGGACUUUGGUGAACGGGCGACGUGUAGCGCUACCUAAUUCGCCAUCUCCUAAGAUGACGGUCAGUCUAGCUGGACAGUACGUCACCGUGCAGACGUCCUUUGGUCUUCGAGUACGCUGGGAUGGAAAGCAUCACGCCCAAAUCACUGUCCCCAGUUCGUACUAUGACCAGAUGUGCGGACUUUGCGGCGACUUUGACGGAAACCCCGACAACGACUUCACCAAACCAGACGGCGCUCUGGUGGCCAAUGUCAACGAUUUUGGAAACAGCUGGCAGACGGAAAAAGAUGAGGAUGACUCGUGUUCGCCGGGCACCAAACCCGAUCCAGACUGCAAUCCCGAGCUUCAUGCUGAGGUGGUGAAACCGGAAAAAUGCGGCAAAAUCAAUGAUCCUGCUGGACCUUUCCGGGAGUGCCUCAACGUGGUGAAUCCCGACCCGUUCUUCAAGAGCUGCGUGUACGACAUGUGUCAGUUUGAAGGUCAACAGCAGGUCCUGUGUGACCAAUUGCAAGCAUACACUGAUGCCUGUCACAGCGCCGGAGUCAAAGUUCACCAGUGGAGGUCGCCACAAUUCUGCCCGCUGGAGUGUCCAGCCAACAGCUCGUACUCGCUGUGUGUGAGCUCCUGCCCUGAGACAUGUUUGGGAGUGGUAGGACCCCCAGGCUGCCAGAACGUAUGCGUGGAAGGAUGCCAGUGUGACCCUGGAUUCAUCCUGAGCGACGACAAGUGUGUCCCCCUCAAAGACUGCGGCUGUGUCGACGCCAGCGGGACAUACCAUCCUGUGGGUGAUGAGUGGUUGUCGGAGGGUUGUGAGAAGAAGUGUUGGUGUCAAAGUGGGCCGUUGAUGCAGUGUACUAACAGCAGCUGUAACGCCAACACGGAAAGUUGUCAGCUCCACCAAGGAGAGUACCAAUGUCGCCCCCUCGGAAACGGUAUCUGUUCGGUGUCAGGGGACCCCCACUACACCACAUUUGACAAGCGGACCCAACACUACAUGGGGGCCUGCUCUUACACCCUGACAAAGCCCUGCAACUCCUCCAACAGCCUGCCCUACUUCAGCGUAGCCACCCAGAACGAGCACAGGGGAAGUAACAAGAAGGUUUCUUACGUCAAGGCUGUGGUGAUUGACGUGAACGGUGUGACCGUCAUCCUCGACAAGGGACGCGUGGUCCAGGUUAAUGGGUCAGUGGUGGUUCCUCCCGUCAAGUUCAUCAGCGACAUGACAAUUUACCUCAGCGGUAAGUUCGUCAUCCUGGAGACCUCUUUUGGAUUGAGGGUGCGAUUUGACGGCAACCACCAUGUGGACGUCACGGUGCCCACUUCCUACAAUGGCCAGCUUUGCGGAAUGUGCGGAAAUUUCAAUGGGAAUCCAAAAGACGACAACCUAAAGCCAGACAACACUCCCGCCGCUAACACAAACGACCUGGGAGACAGUUGGGAGGUUCCUGAUCCCCGACCUGAUUGUAGGAAUGGCGGUGGCCAGAACGACUGUGAUAUAAUGGUGGAGGAGGACGCCAAAAAACCAACAAGCUGCGGCAUGAUCACAGACCCUGACGGCGUCUUCAAGCCAUGUCACUCUGUCAUUCCUCCCGAGGCCUUCUUAGAAAACUGCAUAUAUGACAUGUGUGCCACGGGGGGGCAGACCGUGGCGCUGUGCCAAGCCUUGGAAAGCUACGCCGACAUGUGUGCUGUCGCUGAAGUCCCCAUUUCUUGGAGGAAUGCCACUUUUUGCCCUCUGAAGUGCCCCGCUGGUAGUCAUUACACACACUGUGGUCCCGCAUGCCCACAACCCAGCUGCCAGGACCCUGCCGGGCCAGGCGGUUCCUGCGACCAACCCUGCGUGGAGGGCUGCGUCUGCAACGCUGGACUCAUUCUAAGUGGUGACAAAUGCGUGCCACUAAGCGAGUGCGGGUGUUUGGACAACGAGGGAAAAUACAAACCGGUGGGAGAUACCUGGUUUUCCGAGACGGACUGCUCGCAGCGUUGUAAGUGCAACAACAACUUUAAUGUGACCUGUGAGCCGUGGUGGUGUAGCCCAGCGCAGGAGUGCAAAGUACUGGAUGGCGUGCUGGACUGCCACUCCACGAGUCAAGGUGUAUGUCACGUCGCUGGAGACCCUCACUAUUACACCUUCGAUGGCGUGAUGCACACCUUCAUGGGCACCUGCACCUACACUCUGGUCGAGGUGUGCAACACCACCAGGGUGACAACAUUCAAGAUAGUGGCGAAAAACGAGGAGCGCGGUCAACCAGAAGCGUCGUAUGUCCGUUCUGUGAAAGUUUACCUCCCUCAUGACACGGAAAUCGAACUACAGAAAGGCCGUAGAGUUCUGCUCAACGGUCGUCGUGUGCGAACGCCCAUAUCAGUGAGUGCCGCCGGCGCCAAGGUGAUAACCAGCGGCGCGUACAACCUGCUGGAUACAAAUUUUGGUCUGCAAGUGAAAUUCGACGGCGUUCAUCACCUGGAGAUCACUGUGCCCGGCGAAUACUUCAACAAGCUGUGUGGCAUGUGCGGCAAUUACAACCACAACACAUCUGACGACAACCUUAAGCCCGACAAGAAACCUGCCAAGGACGUCAUUGAACUGGGCAACAGCUGGAAAUCCGAGGGUGACAGUGACCCUGGCUGUCAACCAGACACUCGCCCGGAUGUCCACCCCAACUGCACGGCGGAGGAGGAGACGCAAUAUGAGGACCAGUGUGCUAGUGUCAUUCUGUCCGAUCGUUUCAAACCGUGCCACUCUCUGGUGCCCCCAGAGGCCUUCAUUGGGAACUGCGUGUACGACAUGUGCGAGUACGACGGCAUGCCGGCCAGGCUCUGCGACAAUGUGGAGGCGUAUGCUCAGGCGUGCCAAAGCGCUGGCGUGACCGUUAGCUGGAGGAACCAAACGUUCUGUCCCUUGCCGUGCCCUCUCAACAGCCACUACUCCCAAUGCACCGCCCCCUGCCCUCCGACCUGCUCCGAUCUUUUCCCGACCGUUUGCCAUCUGCCGCCCAGCGCCUGCGUGGAAGGUUGCCAGUGCGAUGCCGGUUUUGUCCUCAGCGACGGCAAAUGUGUGCCGCUCAACAAAUGCGGCUGCCUGGAUUCAGAUGGAGAGUACCAUGAUGUGGGAGACUCGUGGCUGACGGAGAGAUGUGUUGAGAAGUGCGUGUGUAACCUGGGAGGCCUGAUCACCUGCAAGAUCCACAGCUGCGACUCCAACUCGGUGUGCGCCCUGGACAAACUUGGAGCCGUCUACUGCAAGCCUGCCAAGUUCGACAAGUGCAGUGUGUCAGGGGACCCUCACUACCGAACGUUUGAUGGUUUUGGGCAUCACUUCCAGGGCCCGUACACUUACAUCCUGACUCGGGAUUACAACCUGCAAGGCUCGCUCGUGCCACUGACGAUACGGGGUAAGAACGUCCGACGCGGUGGGAACAGAAGGGUGUCCUUCCUGGACCAGAUAUAUGUGGAUGUUUACGGCGUCAACGUCCGGUUCCUGCAGAAGAAGGCAGUCCUGGUGAAUGGGGAGAGCGUCUCGCCACCUCUCAGCCCGGUUCAAGGGUUAACCAUCACGAUGAACUCCAGGCAGGUGCAGUUAGCCGCCGACUUUGGACUCACGGUGCGCUUCGACGGGAAAAGCCGUGGAGAGAUCAUUCUACCAAGCACCUAUCAGAACGCCGUGAGAGGACUGUGCGGAAACUAUGACGACAUCGCCAGAAAUGAGUACAUGAAGCCGGACGGGACGCUCGUCGGGAACCUGAAUGUGUUUGGGGAAAGCUGGCGCGUCAGCGACAGAAUGUUUGACGGUCCCGGAAAUGAUGAACCUCCAAGCAGCGCACACAUUGACAGGCGAGAAAUGGACACAGAACCAGAUUCCGGCUUUGAGACGUCCGACUGUUCCGAAGAUGAGCUGAGCUUCUACAAUGACACCGCUAAAUGUGGCGCACUCGCUCAGCCCACCGGACCGUUUUCUGCCUGCCACGCGAUCUUACCACCCACGAGCUACCAGGACGACUGUGUGUUCGACCUGUGUGCUGAGAAGGGCAGUGAGGAGUUACGCUGUGCGAGCUACGAAGCUUAUGCUGCUGCCUGUCAGGAGGCAGGAGUCCCCCUGGGACCAUGGAGGCAACAACUAGCCUGUGAGUUGUCGUGCCAAGCGAACAGCAGCUACUUGUCCUGCAUGUCGCAGUGCCCCUCUUCCUGUGCCGACCUGGCUGCCCCUUCGCAGUGUGAUGUCACUUCCUGCGCCGAGGGCUGCCAGUGCAACGCCGGCUUCGUCAUGAGCGAGGGCGCGUGCGUGCCGUAUGCACAGUGCGGCUGCAUGUUCCUCAACAGAUACUACCCCCUGAAGGAAACCUUCGUGACAGAAGACUGUUCUCAGGCAUGUACAUGCACCGCCACCGGCGUCGCGUGCCUGGACAAAAGAUGCCAGGAGGGAUACGUCUGCACGGUCUACAACUACAAACGCGACUGCCAUAAAGCGAGUCCUUGCCUGAGUAGCCCGUGUCUCAAUGGAGGAGUCUGUAACGAGGCCGGCAACGUCUCCUACACCUGUGUCUGCACUGAAGGCUACCAAGGACUCAACUGUGAGAUCGAGAUCACGCCUGAGACUGGAGGACUUGAAACCAAAUGGAUCAUCCUGAUUGCCGUGCUGGUGUCCCUGGUCGUCGUCAUCAUUGUUGUGGUCACCAUCGUGUGCGUUUGCAAAAGCACAAAAUCACACGUUUAUGUAAUUCAGAAGACGCUGUCAUCUCACAGUAGGAAAAACAAGAGCGAGGAACGAGAUCUCAGCAUGAAUUCAACCAGAGUCCCAUAUGAAAACAUGGAUGCAGACGGACGCAACAACAUGACCACUAUGUGAUCACACCUUGAAUUUUGGAAUUGUAUUCGAUAGUAAAAUAAAUCAAAUGUCAUCUGGUCACAAUUCCCUUCAUAUAUUUUAUGUGUGUUAACUUAAGCAGUAACAAAUAAAAUACAUCAAAUGUC